CCUUCUUUUCUUUUCUUAAGUACCUCUUUUUUAAGCAUUUGCUACUGUAAUUUAGCAGUCUGCACAAAAAAAAAUGGAGCACAACACACAAAUCCAAAUUCCAAGAGUCAAAUUGGGUACCCAGGGUCUUGAGGUCUCGAAACUCGGGUUUGGUUGUGUAGGACUUUCUGGCUAUUUUAAUGCUCCUCUGUCACAUGAAGCUGGGUGUGCAGUCUUAAAGGAAGCAUUCAGCAAAGGCAUCACUUUCUUUGACACAGCAAACGUAUACGGGCAUGAGGGUUACAAUGAGAUAAUGGUGGGAAAGGUAUUGAAGCAGCUCCCUCGUGAGCAAGUCCAACUGGCAACCAAAUUUGGGUGUAUAUUUCCCGAGGACUUCAGUGACUUCCAGUGUCAAGUCAAAUGCACUCCACAAUAUGUGCGGCAAUGCUGUGAAGAAAGUCUCAAGCGGCUUGACGUGGACUACAUUGAUUUAUAUUAUCAGCACCGGACAGACACAUCUGUGCCUAUAGAGGAAACUAUGGGGGAACUCAAGAAGCUAGUGGAGGAGGGAAAGAUAAGGUACAUUGGCUUGUCUGAAGCCAGUGUUGACACAAUUAAGAGGGCGCAUGCUGUUCAUCCCAUCACUUGUGUGCAAAUGGAGUAUUCUCUUUGGACUCGUGAGAUAGAAGAGGAUGUAAUUCCGCUUUGUAGAGAAUUGGGCAUCGGGAUUGUUGCGUACAGCCCUCUUGGCCAGGGGUUCUUUGGUGGUAAGGCAAUCACAGAAAGUUUGCCUGCGGAAAGUCUGGUGGGUUCUCAUCCAAGAUUUUCCGGAGAGAACUUGGAGAAGAACAAAGCUCUUUACACAAGAUUUGCAAACUUAGCAGCAAAGCAUGGUUGUACACCUCCUCAACUAGCUUUAGCGUGGCUUAUGCAUCAGGGAGAUGACAUGAUUCCGAUACCUGGAACAACAAAGAUUAAGAACCUAGAUGCCAAUAUUCAAUCCCUAGCAGUGAAACUUACACCAGAAGAUGUGAGGGAAAUCGUGGAUGCUAUCCCCAUUAGUGAAGUCUGUGGAGAUAGAGAGCAUGAAACGAUGUUUAAGUACGAUUAUCGGGUAGCUAAUACACCAUUAAAGCAGUAACAUCACGUUGAGAGAUAAUGGAUGCCAUUGUGGACUCAUUGGACAAUGCAAGGCAUAUGAAGAAUUUUUAACAGCAACAACCAUUGUGCUAAAGACAAGAGAGAAUAAUAUUGGUGGAAAAAAACUAGAAGGUGUGGAUCCAUAUCUUGAAAGUCUCCAAAAACGUUUGUUAUCCUUCAAAGCUACUUGUGAUGAAGCAUAGUGUUUGUUGAGUUUUUGAAGCAUAGUUUAGGGUGUGAAAAAAUUCCAGAUAAUAUGUCUUUUCUCUUGAA